UAUAAAAACUUAGUUUUUAAAGAAGGAAGACGACAGCUAACCAUUUUCUUGGAGGAAAAAAAGAAAAAAAAAAAAAAGGGGGAUGGGGAGAGAGGUAUCAGAAAGCUGUAUCGAUAGCUUACUAACCGAAAUGGUUUCAACAUAUUGCAACCGAUUUUACGCUAAUAACCCUGAACUCGCCGCCCGUCGGAUCGAAGCCAUUGGAUAUCAGGUCGGCCACCAGCUCUCUGAACGGUACACAAUGGAGAGGCCACGUUUUAGCGAUCAUUUAGAAGCAAUCAAAUUCAUCUGUAAGGAUUUUUGGUUUGAACUCUUCAAGAAGCAGAUAGACAAUUUGAAGACAAAUCACAGAGGUACCUUUGUAUUGCAAGAUAAUCGUUUUCGUUGGCUUACACGCAUGUCAAUUGAUCAAUCACCCGAAAAUGGAACAUCCGAAGAGCUUUCUAUCAUGGCUGACAACAAGACUAUGCAAAGCAUGCAUCUCUAUUUUCCGUGCGGAAUUAUCAGAGGAGCUCUAUCAAACUUGGGAAUACCUUGUGCAGUUUCCGCCGACAUAUCCAACCUUCCUGCAUGGCUUUACGAAGAAAUCUGGAUGAUCACAUCGAUAACACCGGACCAUGAAAAUCUUACAUUCAGUUCAUUUGAUGGUUCUUUGGUUUUGAAAAUAUCUUUUGAUGUUUUCUUUGCCCUUGUUUGUACUGUAAUCAUAAUGAUAACAUGUUUCUGGAAGAAAUUUAAACAUAAUGAACAGAUUUAACAUGUAAACUUGUUCAGACUUGUAAUCUUGCUUUUACUCCCAGGUUCAUUUGUGAUCCGAAUAAAGGCUUGAUGAGGAUGAUGCGGGGUUUCGAACAUACUCUUAUUGCUAGUUUAAAGCAUGAUAACAAGAAGUUGGCUGGAGAAGUAAUAGAACCCAUUCAGAAGGAUCAGAAAUUGUGGUACAUGUAAGUACUUUCUGAAUAAAAUUAUGUGACAAAUAGAGUUGGAACAUUUUGUAUAUUGUGAAAACCUUUGUUGUUGAGUUCUUGUCUGUGUAUCAAUGCCCUUCACUGUGUUGACAAACCGAACCAGUUGGUGGGACUAGUUAAACCCCACAAUGUUAAAAGAAAAUGGGAGUGGAGUACGACAAACUGAUGAGGCGUUUUAACGAGUUGAAUUGGUUGGUUGUAUUAAAAUGAAAAUUUUAAUAUUGAAAUAUAAUUGUAGUCCUUGGCAUAGUUGAUAAA